CUGGUUAAGUCGUCUUAAGGGAAGCUGGACCCCAUUCUGAGCACCAGGCCAGGAAGGCGAGGCCUGGGGCUGCUCUGCUGGGGGAGAGCCCCGCUCACUCCCUCCCCGACUCCGGGCUUCCUGGUUUCCACUUGACCAUGUCCCUGGCUGAGGCCAUCAGCCUCUGGAAUGAAGGGGUUCUGGCCGCUGACAAGAAGGACUGGAAGGGAGCCCUGGAUGCUUUCGCCGCAGUGCAGGACCCCCACUCCAGGAUUUGUUUCAACAUGGGCUGCAUGCAUACCAUCCUGGGGAGCAUGCCGGAGGCAGAGAAGGCCCUCUCCAGAAGCAUCAACCGAGACAAGCACUUAGCAGUGGCUUACUUCCAGCGAGGGAUGCUCUACUAUCAGAUGGAGAAAUAUGAUUCAGCUAUUAAAGACCUUAAAGAGGCCUUGACUCAGCUUCGCGGGAACCAGCUGAUAGACUACAAGAUUCUGGGGCUGCAGUUCAAGCUGUUCUCCUGUGAGGUGUUAUAUAAUAUUGCUCUCAUGCACGCCAAGAAGGAGGAAUGGAAAAAGGCGGAAGAACAUUUAGCGUUGGCUAUGAGCAUGAAGUCUGAGCCGAGACAUUCCAAGAUCGACAAAGCCAUGGAAUGCGUUUGGAAACAGAAGCUGUAUGAGCCAGUGGUGAUCCCCGUGGGCAGGCUGUUUCGACCAAAUGAGAGGCAAGUGGCCCAGCUGGUCAAGAAGGACUACUUGGGCAAGGCUACGGUGGUGGCAUCUGUGGUGGAUCAAGACAGCUUCUCGGGAUUCGCUCCUCUGCAGCCACAGGCAGCUGAGCCUCCACCCCGGCCCAAAACUCCAGAGAUCUUCAGGGCCCUGGAAGGGGAGGCUCACCGCGUGCUGUUCGGGUUUGUGCCUGAGACGCCAGAGGAGCUCCAGGUCAUGCCAGGGAACAUCGUCUUUGUCUUGAAGAAGGGCACUGACAACUGGGCCACGGUCAUGUUCAACGGGCAGAAGGGGCUCGUGCCAUGCAACUACCUUGAACCCGUGGAGCUACGGAUCCAUCCUCAGCAGCAGCCCCAGGAGGAGUCCUCCCUGGUGUCUGAUGUCCCAGCUCCUCCCAGUUCCAGUGCUCCUGGAAAACCCCAGUUGUCACCAGGUCAGAAAGAAAAAGAAAAACCCAAGGAAGUCAGGCUCAGUGUCCCCAUGCCCUACACACUCAAGGUGCACUACAAGUACACAGUGGUCAUGGAGACGCAGCCCGGACUGCCCUACAGCCAGGUCCGGGACAUGGUGUCCAAGAAACUGGAGCUCCUGCCACAACACACUAAGCUGAGCUACCGGCCUCGGGACAGCAAUGAGCUGCUGCCCCUUUCGGAAGAAAGCAUGAAGGCUGCCUGGGGCCAGGUGAAAAACUACUGCCUGACUCUGUGGUGUGAGAACACAGUGGGUGACCAAGGCUUUCCAGAUGAACCCAAGGAAAGUGAAAACCCUGAUGCUAACGGCCAGACGACAGAACCUCAGCUGAAAGAAGGGAGCAAAGUGGUAGCACUCUUCAGUUAUGAGGCGACCCAACCGGAAGACCUGGAGUUUCUGGAAGGGGACGUGAUCCAGGUUCUAUCGAUGGUGAAUGAAGAAUGGCUGGAAGGGGAGUGCAAAGGGAAGGUUGGCAUUUUCCCCAAGGCUUUUGUAGAAGAACAUGCAACUACAGACCUGGACAGCACUCCUAGAGGAGUCUAGGGUUUCACAACCUGUGAAGGUGAAGACGAAAAGGACCAUCUCAUUUGUAAGGUUUAGGACAACUCUGUAGUACAUCGUGCUGAGACCAUUAUGGUUUGCAAGUGUUAACUACUUUGCUGUUAAAAUUUAACCUAUUAGACAAUAAUGUAGGAGUUUAGGAUUAUGAUUACCUGGGGGUGAAGUGGGGGGAGUGGUGGGAAGUGUCUGGAAGGGUGCUGAUAAUGUUUCUUACUCUGCUGGCUACCCAGAUGUGUUCAUUUUGUGGAAAUUCACUGAAUUGUACAGUUAUUGUUGGUGCACUUCUCUGUAUGUGAUAAAAAUAAAAAACCGAU